AUGCGCUCGGUUUCGACGGCGUGCUCGCUCGGGGCGUGCGCGGGAACCCGCAAUCAUUCGAGACGGCGCGCACCAUCGACGAGGAGGUUACAAGCGAUUCGAGGAGUGGACGGGUCCGACGGAGUCGUCGAUGUGGCGCGAAAGGGCGUGGAAACGUUCUUACAACGGGCGUCGAAGGCAUUGCCCAUCAUGCUUGGACGCGAAGAUGAUGUCAUCUUCGCUCGAGGUAACGCCCCUCAGGUGGUUGAGAAGACGGGUUCGGGUGAGCGAACCGUCGAGCUCACGCGAGCUCGAGUGGAAAGCUUGCUCAAGCCCGACGCGGGGAGGGAUGAUAUCUUCCAAGCCGCGGGUCAAGGUUUAACCGGUGUUCCGGGUGAUCUCGUCCAGGUCGGCUGGUGGGAUACGCGUAGCCGACUCGAAGCAUCACCGGAACUUGAGCUGCAAGCUCUUAACGACAGUUCCAGGGCUCAACUUAUCGGAGCAGUUCUCUUGGCGCUGAAAGAGGCGCUGGAGAACAUCGAAGAGAACGGAGGGAGCUUGCGUGAGCUCAUUAAAAGGGUGGCUCGCGUAUCCGCGAACGAUUGGAUGCGCUCGAUGUCACUCGAUGUCGGAGCGGAGGAGCGAUGUGCUCGAGUGGUGAGCCUUGCAGGAGACGCCGCAGAUGAAAAAAUUUGGCAGAACGGAGAUGUAGUCGAGGGGAGCAAAGUGGCGCUUUACGCGGGUGUUCUAAUGUAUUUGGCCAGGAAGUCCGAGGUAUCUGACGAUAAAGUUGACUACGUCGAAGUUUUGCAAGAGACGACGGGUUUUGCGACGCGUGAAGUCGAUUCGGUGCUCGAAUUUUUCAAUUCGCCGAUGGCGGCAGUGUGUGUUUCCGUUCUGCAGGACGUGGUAUUAAAUAUUUCCGACUCGGUGGCGUCUGCAUACGUCGCUUGCGCUCGCGAAAAUCGGGCAAAUAUCCCCGUGAAUGGAGGAAUCGUUCGUGGCGAAGAUACAGGCGCCGUUGUUCGCGUUCCACCGUUCAGAGACGCACUCGGCAUCCGUCUCAAGAGCACACGUUCCUUAGAAAAAUUUCGCAACGAAGCAGCGAUGCGUCUCUGGCUUGAACGUAAUUAUUACGACGUCCGAGCGAUGUACGAGGAUUGGCAUAAGUUGUGGGGCAUGAAUGAAAACGGCGAGUUGGUAUCGAGAAAAAUCUACGUCUGCCGCCAACCUGAGCUCGAAAAGUUGAAGGGACUUCGACUCUUCGUUUCCAUGUUUCUCGAAGUUGCAGACGUGAGUAUUCCGCUUUUCAAGAACGCGCUGAAUAACUUUAGUCGAAUCGCUUCGUGGUUGCUCGUAACAUUAAUUGGGCGAUCGCUUGGAUUGGUGUACAGAGGGAUCAAGGAGAGCGUCGAUCCGCAAAGUCGUGCGAAAUUCACGUAG